AUGGAGAAGAAGGUCAAGAAAACCUCCAAAACGUCUCACAGCCCGACGGAUCAACUGAGUAAACCGGAUGUCAAUAGUGUAAUGCUUGCAAUCAACCUUGUGCCAUCGAAGAUCGAAGAUGCUGGGCUUGAACAACACGAAGCCAACGAGUUGAUCAAAGAGAAUGCGCCAAACCUCAGGUCCUUGAUAUUCGGCGAAGAAGAGAUUGUUCGUGCCAAAGAAGGGAGCCCUUCCUCGAAAAUAAUCGCUGCAGUUGGAUCAGAAGGGAAAAUUUAUUCCAUUGGAAACUGUGGGCUUUUUGGGGCCGUCUUCACCGCCUACAACAAUCACUGGAAGCUGAGAACUUCGCCAGAUGACUGGUGGUUCAGCGUGAUCAAACGUGUUGCCUGCGCCAUAGAGACCAACGCGGAGAAAACGUCCGUGAGGAAGAUGUUUGUCAAUCAUGAAGGCAAAAAAGAGAUUGAAGUGCAAGUGAGCGAUCCCACUAUUUACACAGUCGAUUACAGCUGGUUCUUUGAUGAGAUAGCAAAGAAAAUUGAAGAUAAUGUCAGGGUUCCCGAGUUCAUAGAUGGCAUGACAGCCGAUUUCAGUACCACAACUCCAGUGCAAAAGAUUGUUUCUCAGAUUACAUUGAUGUACUCUCUAAAAGAGUACUUUUAUUACAGCUUGAGAGCUGGCUGUGGAAUUCCGGCGGUGGAGAUGCUUGGAAGUGAAGACGAUUGGAAGAAGUUGUCAUCCAAGUUAAAGGUGCUCCGAACGCUUCUGGAGCCCAUUGAGGACGACCUUGGCCUGAGGUCAGAGUGGUGGAAUGUGGUUGAGACAGUGUUCAGCAAAUUGCUGGACACUUAUCAAGGAAGACCAGAUAGGAAAUGGUGGAGCCACAUUGUCACUUAUGAGAAUGAAAAUGGCUCGGGCAUGAUUAUACAGGGCAGUUACAUUUACAGAGGAUGGAUAACAGAAUUUUUGGAGGGGCCAAUGAAAGUAAGGUUUAAUUUGAGGAUCAGUGAUAUGACUAAGGGACUAGUCAGCGUACCUAUCACCCUCAAAGAUUCCACCGGUCUGGUCACGGAUAGUGCGGCACUUGUGGCUGGAAUGCUGGGAUUUACCCUGCACCAGAGUUCAAAUACUGAUGAUGUGUCUGUGCAACCAUUCCAAGGCUGGUCUCUGAUGAUAUCAGAAAAUUCACCAUUUCGCCGUCAGUGAGACAUUUAAUAAAAUAAGUACAAAAGCUAGGCCACUUACAGUUUUCUGUAUGAUAAAGUGGCUAACUGGCAGUUUUUCGGGCAACAUGAGGAAUUUACUGAGAAGACCAAGUUUGUUGAGGAGUAUGUUUAAUCACUAGUCAUAGAAGNAUUGAAGAUAAUGUCAGGGUUCCCGAGUUCAUAGAUGGCAUGACAGCCGAUUUCAGUACCACAACUCCAGUGCAAAAGAUUGUUUCUCAGAUUACAUUGAUGUACUCUCUAAAAGAGUACUUUUAUUACAGCUUGAGAGCUGGCUGUGGAAUUCCGGCGGUGGAGAUGCUUGGAAGUGAAGACGAUUGGAAGAAGUUGUCAUCCAAGUUAAAGGUGCUCCGAACGCUUCUGGAGCCCAUUGAGGACGACCUUGGCCUGAGGUCAGAGUGGUGGAAUGUGGUUGAGACAGUGUUCAGCAAAUUGCUGGACACUUAUCAAGGAAGACCAGAUAGGAAAUGGUGGAGCCACAUUGUCACUUAUGAGAAUGAAAAUGGCUCGGGCAUGAUUAUACAGGGCAGUUACAUUUACAGAGGAUGGAUAACAGAAUUUUUGGAGGGGCCAAUGAAAGUAAGGUUUAAUUUGAGGAUCAGUGAUAUGACUAAGGGACUAGUCAGCGUACCUAUCACCCUCAAAGAUUCCACCAGUCUGGUCACAGAUAGUGCGGCACUUGUGGCUGGAAUGCUGGGAUUUACCCUGCACCAGAGUUCAAAUACUGAUGAUGUGUCUGUGCAACCAUUCCAAGGCUGGUCUCUGAUGAUAUCAGAAAAUUCACCAUUUCGCCGUCAGUGAGACAUUUAAUAAAAUAAGUACAAAAGCUAGGCCACUUACAGUUUUCUGUAUGAUAAAGUGGCUAACUGGCAGUUUUUCGGGCAACAUGAGGAAUUUACUGAGAAGACCAAGUUUGUUGAGAAGUAUGUUUAAUCACUAGUCAUAGAAGGGACUGUAAAUUUGUUUUCCAAGCUUGAAUCUCACUGGGGUUUUCUAAGUUGAACAACAUGUAAGUUGAGGAAAGAAGUGAGAUUCUUGGUGAGCUACUCUGGUUCUCCUGCUGACAGUACUUUUGAGAAACUUUUUUGACUGGGCUGCAGCUGAAGGACUUAUUGAUAUGGGAUUUCAAAGCAAUUUGUAACUUUAUUGGCUAAAGACAAAAAUGUUAGUGUUUUGGAUUCAGUUCCAUUUUUACAUGGCAAGCAACUAUUGCAAAAGUUUACAAGAGUAUCCUUGAGGUACAAAAUAAAAACAAAACAAAACAAAAAAGGAACUAAAAAAACCUGCAGAUUGGGGCUACAAACCUAUAAAACAAAAAACUUCAUUCAAUGAUCAGUGAAUGAUUGUGGUGAGAGCAUCAAAGCUUCCUUUCAGCCAACAUAAUUUUAUGCAAGAAAAGUUUGUUUGAAGAGUAUUUAAUGAAUGUUUAACUACUCUGUUAACGUGUUUUAACACUAUCUUGAGAAGCAGUUUUCAAUCACCAAAGUGCAAGAUUAUCUUGUCUAUUUUAGGGUGAGGAUAAAAAUUCCCAACACUUGACUGUGAUAUUGCGGAAACUUUUCUUCUCUAACAACAUCGUUGUGAUUUCUAAAGGGAUUUGAAAUUCUGUUCAUUGACGAUGAAAUGGUUUGCCUGAGUUUUAGCAGGAGCUACGUAUUAAAAUCAGCUGUUUUGGGUGGAGCACGCCCAGAAGAAUUUUCCAUGUUAGGGCAAAAAUUGGCUACAGUGUAUUUCCAAGUAGGAAGAAAAAGGAAAUUUCACAAACAUAUCACAAAACUAUAAGCUCAAUAUUGCUUCGAGAUUCGAUUGUACAACGCUGCAGGCAUCGCGUCAGCAGCGACUUUAUCACAUAAAAUUCUAGGUCAAUUGUUGCAGAAGAAAUCCAUCUUAACCCUACCUUUAGUGUUAAGUCCAUCUCAUCUUCUCGCCCUACAAAAAAAUUUGGUUCGGAAAGCUUAUGAUAAGUCCCUUCCGGGCUCAAAAGAGCCCAUUCACAGCCAGCUGCCUUCAUGGCUAGCAACGGCAAGCAAAGCAAAGAAACUCGUGCACUGGUUCUUGUCGACGCGUAGCUACAUUUUUUCUCUUUCUUUGACUUCGUUCAUCUUUUUAGUAGACAGUGGUGAUGCUUUAUAGCAAUGAAGUUCAAGUAGAAGCCCCAAAAGUCUAUUUUUCUCUUGAAUCAUUGAAAGAGGAAAAAGUAUUUGGCGAAAUUGUAUUAGUAAACGAUGACCGCUGCGCCAAGUGAUAUCAUCGGCCAACAUCGGCUCAAGCGGAAAUUUCGCGCCACAAUCUUGUCACGCAACUUCUAGCUUGGAGUCACUAUCGUUUUGUGGGAAAAAAACUUAACUGAGGGAAACUUUUUGUAAGCUCACGUACAAGUCCAUGACACUAAGUUGAUAAGAAAGUGGGAAAACAACAACAACAAGAAAAAAAAACAACUGAAAUACGGUGGUGUAAGUGACGUAAUUACAAGUCGCGGGAAGCCCUUCAUUGUGAUUGGCGCAUUCUUUGACUUUGACGAUUGCCAGCACUUUUCCCGCGCUUUGCUAAAGGUUGUUGUGCAAAUUGUUGUGCAGCGAUGGAGAAGAAGGUGAAGAAAACCUCCAAAACGUCUCACAGCCCGACAGAUCAACUGAGUAAACCGGAUGUCAAUAGUGUAAUGCUUGCAAUCAACCUUGUGCCAUCGAAGAUCGAAGAUGCUGGGCUUGAACAACACGAAGCCAAGGAGUUGAUCAAAGAGAAUGCGCCAAACCUUACGUCCUUGAUAUUCGGCGAAGAAGAGAUUGUUCGUGCCAAAGAAGGGAGCCCUUCCUCGAAAAUAAUCGCCGCAGUUGGAUCAGAAGAGAAAAUUUAUUCCAUUGGAAACUGUGGGCUUUUUGGGGCCGUCUUCACCGCCUACAAUAAUCACUGGAAGCUGAGAACUUCGCCAGAUGACUGGUGGUUCAGCGUGAUCAAACGUGUUGCCUGCGCCAUAGAGACCAACGCAGAGAAAACGUCCGUGCGGAAAAUGUUUGUCAAUCAUGAAGGCAAAAAAGAGAUUGAGGUGCAAGUGAGCGAUCCCACUAUUUACACAGUCGAUUACAGCUGGUUCUUUGAUGAGAUAGCAAAGAAAAUUGAAGAUAAUGUCAGGGUUCCCGAGUUCAUAGAUGGCAUGACAGCCGAUUUCAGCACCACAACUCCAGUGCAAAAGAUUGUUUCUCAGAUUACAUUGAUGUACUCUCUAAAAGAGUACUUUUAUUACAGCUUGAGAGCUGGUUGUGGAAUUCCGGCGGUGGAGAUGCUUGGAAGUGAAGACGAUUGGAAGAAGUUGUCAUCCAAUAUAAAGGUGCUCCGAACGCUUCUGGAGCCCAUUGAGGACGACCUUGGCCUGAGGUCAGAGUGGUGGAAUGUGGUUGAGACAGUGUUCAGCAAAUUGCUGGACACUUAUCAAGGAAGACCAGAUAGGAAAUGGUGGAGCCACAUUGUCACUUAUGAGAAUGAAAAUGGCUCGGGCAUGAUUAUACAGGGCAGUUACAUUUACAGAGGAUGGAUAACAGAAUUUUUGGAGGGGCCAAUGAAAGUAAGGUUUAAUUUGAGGAUCAGUGAUAUGACUAAGGGACUAGUCAGCGUACCUAUCACCCUCAAAGAUUCCACCAGUCUGGUCACAGAUAGUGCGGCACUUGUGGCUGGAAUGCUGGGAUUUACCCUGCACCAGAGUUCAAAUACUGAUGAUGUGUCUGUGCAACCAUUCCAAGGCUGGUCUCUGAUGAUAUCAGAAAAUUCACCAUUUCGCCGUCAGUGA